AUGGCCACGUCAUCAUCGAUGGCGUUAGUGGGCUCCUUACUCUCCAUCAUCAACGAGAUCUCCGCGCUCGGCGAUCGCCUGCGCAGCCACAAGCGCUCGUGUCAGAUCCUCAUUCGUCGGAUCAAGCUGCUCGCGCCGCUCUUCGAGGAGAUUAGAGACGUCAAGAGCCCGCUGCCGCCGGCGGCGGUCGUGGCGUUUCAGAGCAUGCGGGCCGCGCUUAGCGCCGCGAAGACCAUUCUCGUCGACUGCAGCAGCGGAAGCCGCAUCUGGAUGGUGAUGGAGCGCGAGGCGAUGGCGGAGCGCAUGCGCGCAGUGAACCUCGAGCUAAGCGGCGCGCUGGCGGACCUUCCGAUGAACGUGAUGGCGAUUUCAGAGGAGAUUCAGGAGCAGACCCAGCUGGUGCAGGUGCAGUUGAAGCGCAGCAGGGCACUGGACGACGCGCAGGAGGAGCAGCUAUACGCUGAUGUGCGUCACAUCCUCUCCGACCCGCGCCUGGGCGGCCCUCCUCUCAACAGCUCCUCCCGUCACACCACCACUGCUGCUGCUGCUGCUGCCCCACACGGCGCCUCUGCCGCUGCUUCCCAGGGUGAAGCUGACUGCUCUGGCCCAACGAUAGACCUGUCAGCAGUGCCGCAGUCGCCGCACCCCUCUGCGCCUCCUCCCUCCCCGGCUGUUCUCUCGUCCUUCCCCUCCUUCUCUCCCACACACACGGAUGUUCAUAAGGGUGCUGAGGCUGCUGCUGCUGGUGUUACGAUCACUGUGUUAUCGCCUGGUGGGGCAGGAGAGGAAGGAGCAGAAGCAGGAGGGUCUGCAGCAGCAGGAGGAGCAGGGGGAGGAGCUGGGCGGUUGCCGUCAUUACCCUCGCUAAGCUCCGUGGAAGCAGGGUUACUAGACCCGGUUCUGGGCAAGCUAGGGCUGAUUUCCCUUCCUGCUGUUUUGGAGGAGAUAACCUCGCUAAAACGAGCACAGGAUCAGCUUAUAGAGGAGACGGAUGCAGCUGUGGCAACGGGCAAAGGAAGUGGCGGUGGGGAAUCCGCAAUGGAACGUCUGAGGCUGCGGUUGAAUGAGGAGCUGAGGCGGGGGGCAGAGAUGAGUGUGACCGGAGAGGAGGAGGGAGGGUCUAGUGGCGGGCGAUGGGGAGGGAAAGAGAAGGACCCUUCUGUUUCUUCUAAGUCUCUGGUUUCACCGAAAGGAGCUGUUUCUUCUAGAGGUGGGGAUGGGAGGUCAGGAGAUGGCAUGUGCUCAAGAGCCGAUGCAGAACGGAGGGUUGCCUGGGAGAGUAAAAAAGCUGAGAAACUCAGGGAGUCGGGGAGUGGGGAUGGGUCGGGAGGGGAGGAGGGGAAUCCGGAGGAUGGGGUGGAUCGGGGCGGCAUUGGCGUGGGCACUGGGUCGGCGCUGCGGUCGAAAUCCGGGCGGCUGGUGGUGCCCCCGGAUGACUUCCGUUGUCCUAUCUCACUGGAGAUUAUGAGGGAUCCCGUGAUUGUCUCAACAGGACAGACAUACGACAGGGCAUACAUAGAGCAGUGGCUGAAGGAGGGUCACAAGACAUGCCCCAAGACGCAGCAGAUCCUCUCCCAGCCGGCCUCGCUCAUCCCCAACUUCUCCCUGCGAAGCCUCAUCCAGCAAUGGUGCGAGGCCAACAACGUUGAACUGCCCAAUGGUGGAGCGGGUGGGAGCGGUGGGACCGGGGAGGGAGGCUCGGCGGAGAUUUCGCUCUCGGAUCGCCAUCAGGUGAUGCAGAUUCGGGACCGGCUUCGGUCACCUGACCUGGAGGUUCGGAAGAGUGCUGCGGUAGAUGUGAGACUGCUGGCCAAGCGAAGUGUGGAGAAUCGCGUUGCAAUCGCUGAAGGGGGUGUCAUCCCCCUCCUGGUCGAACUACUCACAGACCCCCUCCCAGCUGAUGCCAAAAUGCAGGAGCAUACGGUUACCGCGUUACUGAACCUGUCAAUCAACGACCCGAACAAGAGCCUGAUCGUCUCAGCAGGAGCCAUCCCGGCCAUAGUUAGGGUGCUGGAAAAGGGAGGCAGCAUGGAGGCUCGGGAAAACGCUGCAGCGGCGCUGUUCUCGCUCUCGGUCAUGGAUGAGAACAAGAUUUCAAUCGGGCAGGCAGGAGCGAUACCAGCACUGGUGGACCUCCUUCAACAUGGGUCGACCCGAGGGAAAAAAGACGCUGCUACUGCGAUCUUCAACCUGUCGAUCUACCAGGGAAAUAAGGCCAGAGCUGUGCGUGCCGGGGUGGUGGCCCCUCUUGUGGAUCUCCUCGUCCACCGUCGAUCUGGCAUGAUGGACGAGGCUCUCGCGAUCCUGGCCGUCCUUUCGACAUCCCCGGAGGGGCGGACGGCGAUAGGAGAGGCGAGUGCAGUGCCUAUCCUGGUAGAGCUGAUGAAAGAUGGGUCCCCCAGGAACAAGGAGAAUGCGGCUUCGGUGCUGCUCUCGCUGUGUUUGAAUGGGAGGGAGCACACAGAGCUUGCGGUGCAGUGCGGUGCUGUGCCUCCGCUGCAGCUGCUGCUGAGGAGUGGCACGCCCAGGGCUAAGCGGAAGGCGUCCCAGUUGCUGCAGCACCUGCAGGACCAAGAGCUUAUGGCUAAGAGGACUUUCGAGUCCAUCCUUUUGCGCGCCCACCCGCCCAUUCUGCCGUCCCGUCGUCCUCCCGUUCCGUUGCGCUCGUCGUCGCCCAUCCUGUCGCCCACCUCUCUCCCAUCCCGUCGCUCCCCUCGUCGCCCUCGCCAACGCCUCGAAACUCCCUCCCGUCGCCCACCCCUCUCCCAUCUCGUCGCCCCCCUCGUCGCCCUCGCCAACGCCCCGAAACUCCCUCCGUACGCGCAUCCUCUCUCCCAUCCCGUCGCUCCCCUCGUCGCCCUCGCCAACGCCCCGAAACUUCCUCCCGUCGCGCAUCCUCUCUCCCAUCCCAUCGCUCCCCUCGUCCCCCGUUUCAAACGCCUCAAAACUCCCUCCCGUCGCCCACCUCUCUCCCAUCCCGUCGCUCCCCUCGUCGCCCUCGCCAACGCCUCGAAACUCCCUCCCGUCGCCCACCCCUCUCCCAUCUCGUCGCUCCCCUCGUCGCCCUCGCCAACGCCCCGAAACUCCCUCCGUACGCGCAUCCUCUCUCCCAUCCCGUCGCUCCCCUCGUCGCCCUCGCCAACGCCCCGAAACUUCCUCCCGUCGCGCAUCCUCUCUCCCAUCCCAUCGCUCCCCUCGUCCCCCGUUUCAAACGCCUCAAAACUCCCUCCCGUCGCCCACCUCUCUCCCAUCCCGUCGCUCCCCUCGUCGCCCUCGCCAACUCCCCGAAACUCCCUCCCGUCGCCCUUGCUCUCUCUCCGUAGCCCAUGCUCUCUCUCCAUCGCCCUUGCUCUCUCUCCGUCGCCCUUGCUCUCUCUCCGUCGCCCUUGCUUUCUCUCCGUCGCCCUUGCUCUCUCUCCGUCGCCCUUGCUCUCUCUCCGUCGCCCUUGCCCUCUCUCCGUCGCCCCUGCUCUCUCUCCGUCGCCCUUGCUCUCUCUGCGUCGCCAUUUCUCUCUCCCGUCGCGUGUUCUCUCUCCCGUCGCCCUUUCUCUCUCCCGUUGCCCUUUCUCUCUCUCGUUGCCCUUCCACCCUCCCGUUACCCUUCCUCUCUCCCGUCGCCUAUCCUCUCCCCCGUCGCCCUUUCUCUCUCCCGGCGCCCUUGCUCUCUCCCGAUUCCUAUCCUCUCUCCCCUCCUCUCACGUUGCCCUCGAUGCAGUCGUCACCUUUCCUCUCUCCCCACCCGUCACCCACCUCGGCGCUUUCGCGCUCAGCCCGAAAUGCCUGCAAGUCGCCCUUUGUUUUUCCCCUCCCAUCUCCCAACACCCUACCGUUCCGCACGUUUCGCUGCACAUAUCUAUGGCGUUUGUUGUGCGUGAAUUGCGCAUGCAACACUUGAAAUUGGCCCCCUCAUGUGAUUGA